GUCUAGUCGUAUUCGUAGACGUUUAAUGUCAUCCGCUCUUUGCUUUCCACACCAGUGGCAAGACGGUUAUUAACAUUUUCUUUUCGUUUUAUUUAUUUUUCGAGCGGUAUUCUUUGUUUUUAAUUACUUUUGUAAAUAUAGUUUAUUAGGGAAAGAAUAAAUUGAAAAAAAAACUAAGUUAACAAAGAUUUAAUGACCUAAUCUUUUGUUCUCGCUAAGAUACCACCACAAUCCACAAAAAGUUGUAUUUAUUUUGUCCAUUCACUAAAAAGUCGACAUAACCCUUUUUCAACUAAUUGUAUUCCUAUAAUUGUGUUACGACGACGACGACUGCGGCGACAACGACACCAGAAUAUUGUAUAUUGCUUAAGAACUGGCUGGCAUUGCGUAUAGUGAGUGAGGUGCUUGUGGAAUAAUGGAAGACCGAAAUGAAUCCCAAAGUCUCUACAAUUCGAACAAAGCUGAUAACAGGUCAAGCACCAAUGCGCAGACUAACAAGGAACCAUGGGGAAAGUUGUUAACUCUAGUUGGCUAUGCGACAACUAUUGGCUCCGCAGUUCCAGUUGGAUAUUGUAUUGGGUGUAUCAAUAGUCCAGCUUCGUACAUGCGAGCAUGGUGUAAUGAAACACUGAUAGAGCGUUAUGAUUACCAUAUCACAUCUGGAGGGUUGUCUAUUCUUUGGUCGGCAAUUGUUUCCAUUUUUCUAGUUGGUGGAGCGAUUGGGUCGUUGGGAGGUGCAGGGGCUGCUGAUAAAUUUGGAAGAAAAGGAUGCUUCAUGAUCAGUGGAUUACUCUUCGCUCUGGGUGCAAUACUUUUCAUGCUUUGUCGUGUGGCUAGUUCGGUUGAAAUGCUUCUAGUUGGCAGGUUUUUAGUCGGCCUAGCAUCUGGUUUGACAACAGCUUCCUUGCCAAUGUAUCUUACAGAAUGUGCUCCAUUGGCACUUCGAGGUACUUUGGGUGUAUUUUGUUCGGUUGGAGUUACUGGUGGUGUUGUAGUUGGCCAAGUGUUCAAUUUGCGUGAUAUUUUCGGAACACCCGAUCUAUGGCACUAUGGUUUGAGUUUCUACAUCGUCCUUGUUAUUGCAUGCUACUUGCCAUCCUACUACUUCCCCGAGAGUCCGAAAUGGUUGUAUGUUGUUAAACAAGAUCGUGAUGCUGCUAAAAUAGAAUUGCGUCGCCUGAGAGGAGCAAAUCAUAUGACACAGAUUCAAAAGGAAUUGGAAGAUAUGGAAGUCGAGGCCAGUGCUACAAUGCAGACUAGCUCGUUUUUGGCAGUUUUACGUGAUCCAAGUCUCUCGUUGCCUUUAAUUAUAGUUUGUGCCUUUCAAGGUGGCCAACAGUUAUCUGGUAUAAAUGCGAUUUUCUAUUAUUCCGUUUCGAUAUUUCAAAAAGCUGGCCUUUCGGAAACAAAUGCUGAAUGGGCGAAUCUUGGAGCUGGCUGCUUGAAUCUUAUGACAUCGUUUUUGAGUCCUUAUCUAAUGGCCAAUGUCAAUCGCCGUCCAUUAAUGCAAUUUUCAUGCUUUGCAUGUGCCGUUUUCCUUUUAGCUUUUGCAUUCAUUCGUCAUUUUAUCGAAUUUUUCAGUUGGUUUGCAAUUGCAGGCAUUGUUUGUAUUUUUUGCUACAUUUUCUUCUACCAAAUCGGUGUUGGUCCAAUUCCCUUUUUUAUCGGAUCAGAAAUCUUCGAAGUUGCUCCACGGCCAAUUGGCAUGGCAAUGGGAUCUCUAUCAUCAUGGUCAUGUAAUUUUAUCGUCGGAAUGACAUUUCUUAGUUUACAAAAUCUUUGGGGAGCAUUCGUAUUCAUUCCGUUCUCCAUUGCAUGCAUGCUUUUAUGCUUACUAACGCGCUUCUACUUGCCAGAGACUCGAGGACGUGAUCCAUCUGAAGUGGCACCCCUAAUGUCCAAAGGAUUCCGUUCAAAAGUUAGAUAAAACUUGAAAAAAACCAUUAGAGUUGUUAGGCCACUCUAGCCUUACAUUACACCAUAAAGUUGUCAAGCUCAAAAUUAUUUUGUAAUUUAAAUUUGUUCAAGGUUUAAUUUUUUGUAAUACUGUUAAGUCUUAUUGUGGUUGACUUUUUUUUUUACUAAUGUUCUCAUCAUUUUAUACAAUUUUAUUUGGGUUUAUAAGAGUUUAUUCAGGUUCUAAAAGGAAAUUGUGUGGUUUUGUGUACAAUUAGUUUUGUUGAAAAAGACUUUAAAUAUUAAAAAGAACAAUAAUAAGUAAACACUCAAUGAGAUUAAUUAAACUACGAUGUAGUACUAGUUAAAGUACGUACAAAAAUAAUAAUAAAUAAGUAUAUAGUUAUAUUUUUCACUUAAUGUUUUCCUACUUUUUUCUUUAAAAAAAAUGUUACAUAAAUGAAGCUAUUUAAUUUUGUAUUUACCUUUUAAAGGCUUUUAUUUUUAUAAAUAGAAUAAUAAAUUUAUUAAUAUUUUUGACAUUAGGUAGUAGGUAUUUUAUGAAAUUAUUGUUAACAUUUUUUACUCAUAAAACUAUAAAGUAAAUUGUUUAAAAAUAAAAAAAAAUAAAAAUUA